GUCGGGCUAGGCGACAUGGCUCACACCUUCCAAGCACAGCAGUUCCAUUUAUAAAUGAACCAAGUAUAUCAAAACAAGAGGUUUUGGAGAUCACAGUGCCUACUGAAAUGGAUUAGAAAGCAGUCGUUUCAUGGUGGAGGUGCCCUGGAUUUAUAUUGAGGAUGUGAGCUUGUCAUCUGGACUAUUGUCUGUGGAAGAGAUGCAGAUGGCAAUGAAGGUUGACGGUGAAGGUGGUGGAGCAGACAACCCUCCCAGCAGCACCGACCCACAACAGAUGUCCACUACUACAGACAUUCCCGACCUACACAAACUUCACCUGGAACUCAGACUGGAAGAUCUGACAUGUGCGUGUGGUGUGAAAUCUAAUUCCAAAGUGGCGCAUGUGGAACACGUCUUGACGCAUGUCACAGGAGCCUUCAGAUGUCCCCAAUGUCAGUGCUCCUACACAUGCUCCUCCCGCCUGGCAUGCCACCAGCGGCUCGUACACUCUACGGACGCUCCAAAGGAAAGGGUUCCAGAGACUGUUAAAUCCGCUUCGACAUCGAGUGCAGGGGGGGACAUUAUCUGCAGUAGGUGCGACGAGACUGUGGUCGGAGACAUCCUAGAACAUAUCAAGAUUCACUUGGAUGGUGACAACGAAUGUCCAGUUUGUGCUGUGAGGCUGAAAACCUCCUAUGCCAUGGAAAUUCACGUGGAAAGGAAGCAUCCACAUCUUUUGCAAGCCUUCCUUAAAUCUGAAGAUUCUCUGAAGGAGAUCCCGGAGGGUGAAGAGAACAGCAGUCAGCCAGUGAGAUGCGAUGUGUGCAGUAAAGUGGUAGCCACGGCAUCAAAACUGGCCCGACACCGCUACCUGCAGCACCCAGAGCACUAUCCUUGGGCCUGUCCUGACUGCAACCUCACUUUUCCAUCUCACCAUACCCGCGAGAACCAUACGUGCCCAUAUAGACGGAAGGGGGGUGCUGUCUUAGCUGUAGGUGGCCAGAAGAAUGAAUGCUGCAUGUGUCGUAUAGUAUGCAAGUCCAAACUGAGUCUGGAAAGACACAUGCGACGUGCACACCCUACUGAGGGCACGGGCCCUCACACGUGCCCCGUGUGUGCCCGCAUACUGGUAUCCCGCAAGGCUCUCACCGACCACCUGAGAUGCCAUCGAAGACAGCAGGGCUUCUCGUGUGAGUUCUGCAAUGCCCAACUUAAGACGAUGGAUUCUCUUAAUGUGCAUGUCAAUGAAAUCCACACACAUGUUGUUCGACUACAAUGUAAACACUGUCCUCAGGUGUUUUUCUCUUCUGGAAGACUAUCUUACCAUAUCAAACGGCACCACACUGACCGUCGCUCAUAUACAAACCUUUGUCACCUUUGCGGAAAAGCGUACCCAUACCCUAGUGAGCUAAAGCUGCACCUUCGGUCUCACCGCAACGAACGCCCAUACAAAUGCAAUCAGUGCCAGAAGACUUUUCUGAAGCAAGGUGACUUGACGUACCACAAGCGAUCUCAUACAGGCGAGCGGCCCCACAAGUGCCCCCACUGCGACGCCAGAUUCCCCCGGCCCAACACCCUUAUGAGCCACAUCCGUCAACAACAUCGAGAACGAACAGACGCUGACACAUCUGAAAUCUUGAAUGCCCCCAGAACUAUUACAUCAGAAACACCAGUAGCAACUUCCCCAGUUCACUCUUAUGUGACCAGCGCACCUGCUACAGUGGUGACUGCAUCGCCUGCUCCCUACCUGGCUACAGUGAACCCUUCAGCUACUAUGCAGCCUCCCCCACCUACUGUGACGGUCAUGAGUGUAGCAGGAGCCGUGCCACGGGCUCCCGGGGAGGCCACGCUGGUCCCAAUGGUUGAUGGCCAGCUGGUUGAUGCUGUGGUGGACGGCCAAGUGACGGAGAUGCAGCCUGUACAGUAUGUACAAGUGGACAGCUUAUCUGGGAGCCAAACUGUACAGGCGGUCCCUCACACGGUCGAGGGGAUUGAGUACGAUGAAGCAGCUACUGUGCCCUAUCAAAUUGUUCACUUGCAGAUUUUACAGUGAAUGCAAUUUUUAUCAUCAUAUAUUUUAUUUGACGCCACUGCCAGCUCAAUUGUCCUGGAAGGACUGUGUUAUUCUGUUACCCCAUAGGUGUUAUACGGCUUAUUAAAUGAGUAUAUGUAACAUUUGCUGUGAAUGGCAGAAUGGGUGAAGGUGCUAUAGGCCUAGUCCUAAUAUGUUUUAAUCCAAUGCUAGGUUGUAUGGUUAAUCUUGUGUAAUGGGGCGAUGUGCUUCUUGGCCAUGUAUUGUAAUGAAAUAUUAGGUCUGUGCUGUUUUAUAGAAUACUGAGCUCCAUGUCUAAUGACAAGGAGUGAAUUCAGCAUAACGUGGAGAGGGAGGAUCUGCUGCAUGGGUAACAACUUCUCCGUAUAGACCUACCUUGGCUUUGCGCCCUGGAGAGGACACUCCAGCCUCGACAACCAGAGCGCAACUCCAUAGUCCCCUGAGACUACAGGAUGCCUACUACUGUGUGUCUAAUGUACACAGUGUUUUUACGCAAUGCUAGAUGUCUUUGUUAGUCCAAUGUUGCCAUAUAAUACAAGGUUAGUCCUAUCUUGUCACACUACUUAAUUAACUACUUAGUGAUUAACAUACUACUGCGUGAUUAACUACUUAGUUAAUCCUGUAUUAUCAUGGAACACUUAUUUUCUUGACUAGUCCUGUAAUUUUAUAGAACACAAGGUUAAGUUUGCAAUAUCUUUGAAUACUAGGAUUUAUGGCUAAUUCUGUGUUAUCUCACAACACUAGUUUCCUUCGCUAAUCCUGUGUUGUCAUGUGAUGCUAAAGUCUUGGGAUUUUGUGGAAUAUUAUGUUCCUUGGCUAAUUAUGAAUAGUUAAGUUCCUUUUGUGUUAGUUUCGAAUAUUAGGCUACUUUUUAUUUUGAAUACUAGGCUAGUCAUAUUUUCCUGGACUCUGGUUUCUUGUCAGACUAAGUUAGUUCCAUGUUGUCAAGAUAACCAGGAUCCUUGAUUAUACAGCUGUUUUUAUACAAUUAAUAAAGUGAUAUACGGUAUAUUUAUACUGAUAUAUUGAGAAAUAUAUUAUGACAAAA